AAGUUCUUCCUUUAUGGAUCACAUUUCGUUAAUUCUGUUACCAUGGCAGUUUUUAGGCUCAUAAAUAUACUCUUGAGCCUUGCUAUGGCCUACACUUUUCAGAUUCCACGUAUAAACGCAGCCCCUUCUUCAAAAUGCCGGAAUUUGACGAUGCUAGAGCUAAGUGCUUUGCCAGACAUGAAUGAGUUGCUCCCCAAUGAAGAGCCGCCGAAUUUAUGGGAUUACACAGAGCCUUUGGUUACAAAGGCAACAACAUUGGAAAACUUUCCAAAUCCCUUUGUGAAUCCCAUAGAAUGUAACAGGAUAGACGUCCAGGAGUCGUAUAUAUGUGACCCAGACAGGAUUCUCCGAAAGGUUGAGGCUGAUCGUAUAGACGAACUUUUGAGUAUGCAACGGCACAAUUCGAAGCAUCACUGUGAGGGUCUGGGAGAUGUUCCAUUCAGAGUUGGAAUAGCUAUCAUCAAUUCAAUACCAGAGAAAGACAUGACUACUUUGGCCAGCGAACUGUUGGAUAGGUGGAAUUUGAGUCACGACAAGUGCGAGGAUGGGAUUGUUAUACUCUUUGUUAAACGGUUUGGAAAAGUUUCAAUCAAGUGGCACAAAGGCGUUGAACCGUAUAUAAAUGCCAAAGUGGCAUCUUCGAUUUAUCCCAUUUGCAACAACCUGUUGCAUACAGAGAAAAUGUCCGUGGCAAUUGAAAAGUGUACAUCGUUUGUGAUCAAGAGACUCACCGGAGAAGUCUUGCCCUCGAAGGAAAUGCAUCAAAUGCUUGUAAUCUUACUAAUCGCAUCUGUAAUCGGUCUGGGCUACGUCUAUAUCAUCAUUACCACCUUGGCUGAGUUACAGCCAACACCACGUAGUCAAAGUCGCUAA